AUGACCGAAGUCGGCGCGAUUUUCACCGGAAGUCGCGUCCCCCCAAACUGGCAGCUGGCUGGAACCGAACGGAGCAUCGUCGUGGAGACGGGGGCUGCCGUCGGCACGCCGGCAGGGAGCCUCCAGCCGCCCCUCACCGGUCCUCCUCACCCCACCGGCCGGCCAAGGCCAUACCGAAACAGAACUGGACAGGACGCCAGAGCCGCAGCCAUCAGAGCCACCCACGCGAACGCAACCACCACACCGCCGACCAUGAAGGCUCCCAUCGCCGCCGCGCAGCAGGGGCGCCGCCCUGACUGCCGCCCCCGGCCUCCCCACAUGAGACACCGCCUCCGCCUCAAAGGUAUUCACAAUCCAACAGUUCCGCAUCAAAGGAGAGAUAAACUGACGCAGAAGAAGAAGGAUUGGGAUCUACACCUCAGUAGUCCAUCAUGGCAGUUCUUAUCUUUAUCCGCAUCCUCGCCGGCGCGGCACACAACUCCUGUCCCCCACUGCAAACCAUUUGUUUCUCACCGAUGCGAGUGUCUCCCCGGAUUUGUGGUCAGCCAGCCACAGCGGCGCACGGCGUUGACUACUCCGAGCUGCCAGUGCGGCCGCACAAAUCUGCUUCCUCGCGCCGGAGUUAGUGUUGUGCUGCCACCGCCGGCAACAAGGCGGACAACCUUUUUGGUGUUGCAAUCAGUUGCGCCCUUCGACGGCGGAGUUGCAUCCGUGCACGCCGGAGCUGCAACCGGCGUUUUUGGGAGCUGCAAGGCAAAUAGAGGAUUCACAAACCCUCGAAGCACUCGCCAUAAGGGAAGCCUUGGCGCUCUAUAUUUGCGGCGAAUCCAUGUGGCAUCGGACUGCAAAGUGGUGGUUGAAGACAUGAAGAGGGAUAAUGUGGCAGGCUAUGAAGCGAUCAUACAUGAAAUAGUAGACCAUUCUGCGGCUUUUGAAUUUCGUAAUUUUAGUCAUGAAUUUAGGAGCUCAAACUGUGAAGCUCACAAUUUAGCGAAGCAUGCUCUUUUUCUCGGGGACGGUUGCCGUGUUUGGUUAGGACAUCCUAAAGAUCUUCCAUCCAUCUCUGUAAACAUUGUGACGAAUUAAUAAAAGCUUCGCGAGGUUGUCUCAAAAAAUGUACAACUCAUGUUACCCUAGAAAAAUGUAUAAUUCAUGCAAAAAAAAUAUAUGUUUGGUUUUCUA